AUGGCAGUCGGAAGCGGAAUACUGGAGCCAUGCUUCGCUAUCGUUUAUGCCGAGACUUUUGACUUAUACAUUGAACCACUUUUCAACAAACGAAUUCCCUCGAGAGCUAAGCUUCUUGCCGCAAAUCGUCUGGCUACAGAGGUUCCAUGUCUUCGCAAGGUUUCGGGCGAACGCGGUGGUGUUAUCAUCGAGGGCCUGGUUUUGGUCCUCGUCUCCUUGAUCCUUGCCUUUUACUUCAGCUGGCAAUUGGCCCUGGUCAACCUUGCCUUCCUUCCGCCUCUGGCUCUGUUUGGUGCACUGCAGGCUCAAGAUAUGGUCUCAUCUGUUGGGGCAAAUGUAGUGGCAGGGUCGGAGAUUGUGCAAGAAUCCGUUUCCGCUCAUCGCACAGUUGCCAGUCUUGCUGUCCAAAUGCACUUCUACUCGGCUUUCCGGGAGAAAUUUCUGGGAGCAAGGCGCGGAAAAAAGAAAUCCAACAUCGUUUAUUCAAUUAUAAGUGCGGUCGCACAAGGGGUUCAAUUUUUCCAGAGCGCCGCAGUAUAUUACGCCGGUGCAAAACUUAUUGACAAUGACACGCUAACAUCCGCCGACCUAUUUCGGUACGUUGGUCUUAAACAAGUUUCGUCUGGCAUUGCUUGA